AUGCAAGACACCGAUAAUUCAGACCCUAUUUUACCAUUGCCCCCUACAUCUACAAUAAGAACGUCGGUCGAGUCACCAAGGACACUGUGGAUGGGUGAUUUAAAUCCAUUAUUUGAUGAGCUUACAAUUACAAAAAUUUGGAAGUCAUUGAAUCUUCCAGUUUUCGUUAAACUAAUUAAGGCUAGGAAAAACUUGUUAAUUUCUAGCUCCUCUACAAAAUCACAACAUUCUACAUCAAACAACUCUCCUGAGAGCGGACUUUCAAAUAAUGAAGAUAAUUUUGAUUUAGAUAUUCAAAGAAUCAAUAUCAAUGGUGUAAAUUUUAUUGAUCCAAAUACAGUACAAUUGCACCAUGCUGGUUACUGUUUCGUCGAAUUUGAGUCGCAACAAGAUGUAAUAGCUGCAUUAUCGUUAAAUAAAGCUGUGAUACCAAACAUAUUCUCCGAAUCAAUUAACUUGUAUACUAAUCCAAAUGGGAGAAGAACUUUUAGAUUGAAUUGGGCAUCUGGUGCAACAUUACAGAGUUUAAUACCUGCGACGCCAGAAUAUUCAUUGUUCAUCGGUGAUCUAUCCCCAUUGACUACAGAAGCUGACAUUCUAUCAAUCUUUCAGAAAAAGUAUAAAUCGGUAAAGACAGUCAGAGUAAUGACUGAUCCAAUUAACGGCAGUUCUAGAGGGUUCGGUUUUAUAAGAUUCAGUGAUGAAGAUGAAAGAAAAGAUGCACUAGAAAAUAUGAAUGGUGUAAUGUGUCAUUCCAGAUACUUUAGAUUGGCAUUGGCAACGCCCAGAACUAAUAAAUUCGCUACUUCUACCAAUAUGACACAAGUUAGGGAAGAUAAUGAUGGGAGAAGUAACAGCGUCACAAAUGUUCAUACUUCCCCUUAUGAACAGACGACUACUAAUAUUAACAUCUCCAACAAAUUUAUUGAUAAACUUGAUGUCAAUAAUUUUAUUCCAACUUCAAAUAAUUCUCUUCAGCAGUCAGCACAAAAUAUCGAUCAUGUGAAUUUAGAUAACAGUAAUACAACAGUAUUCAUUGGAGGGUUAUCUACAUCAACCAAUGAAUAUGAAUUACAAGUACUAUUCGAACCGUUUGGCAAUAUAUUAAGUGUAAAAAUUCCAAUAGGUAAAAACUGUGGAUUUGUUAAAUUCAAAAGAAAAAUAGAAGCAAAUGCUGCUAUCAAAGGAAUGCAAGGUUUUAUUAUUAACGGAAAUCCAAUAAGAUUAUCAUGGGGAAAAUCUAAUAAUAAUGCGAGCACUAAGCUUAAUCAUAAGCAUAUUAAUAUAUACAAUACUUCAGACUCGACAGGGGACACCUUCAAUUCCUCAGCUCAUCAACAAAAUUAUUUACAACAGCAACUUCAUCAGCAAAGUAACAAUUCUUACAUUUACAAUAAUCCCCCAGAUUUUAAUUUUUCUACACAAGCCAAAACUUACAAUAACUAUGCAUCGACCAAGUUAUUUUUCCGUAGAAGUGAAAGCAUUGACGAUGAGCAAUUUCAACAACAUUUGCAAGCAAAUUAUCAAUUCAAUCAAGAAUUACACCAACAAGCGCCUUUGCUGCAACAACAACUAUUAGAUAACACUGAUUCACAAGUAAAAAAUUCUAAUUACAAUAGGAAUAAACAUAAUUUAUCGUAUUUUACUACGAAUGGCCAUCUAAAUGCAUAUGUUUCGAAUGUACCUAAUUCUGAGAUUAGACAAUUCAGCAACGACUUCAAUUUAGCGGAAUCUCAAUACACUAAAGAAAACCAUGUUAAUAAUAUUCCAGAAACUAAUCCAUAUCAACUUUCAUUAAAUAACAACUUCAAUGGCAACUACAGUUAA